AUGCCUGAGUUCACUGGGGCUGGCCAGGUGCCUGAGUUUGUGGUGGUAAGCCUGGAACCUGAGUCUGUGUGGGUGGGCCUGAAUCGUGGGUCUGUGCAGGCCAGUCAGGUGCUAGGGACCCCUGGGGUGGACCUGGCAUCUGGGUCCACAGGUUCUGGACUGGUGCUGGGACAGGCCUGGAUUCUGGGUUCACAGGAGCUGGCCUGGAAGGCUCUGGGUUUAGGUCUGAACAAGAUUCACAGGUACAACUGCUUCUGCAGGAAGGUAGGCUACAUCCAAGAAGGUGAGCAGGGGAAUAUUCAGGAUGUCAAUCAUCAGGUGUGGGUCCUUAGCCAGACCCUCAAAGCAGUCCCAAGGAAGCACCUUAUGGAUCCAGUCACUGUUACCUUAAUCUCAUGCAAUUAUACGGAGACACUUGAGGACAGAGGGAAUCUCGUCUACCUGGGACUGAAGGAGCCGGAGCUCUGCCUAUUCUGCACGGAGGUCAAGGGGCAGCCCACACUGCAGCUUAAGGAACAGAACAUAAUGGAUCUGUACUGCCGAACCGAGCCUGUGAAGCCCUUUCCCUUCUACUAUGACCAGAGCAGCAGUACCUCCACCUUUGAGUCUGUAGCCUUUCCUGGUUGGUUCAUUGCUUCCUGCUCCAAUGGAGGCUGUCCUCUCAUUGUUACCCAAGAACUGGGGAAAGCCUACACCACUAACUUUUGGUUCACUGUACUUCAGGCUUAA